UGGCUGGAUGAUGACAGUACGAGCUUGAGACUCUCACACUGAGAAACGGACCGAUGAACAUACUUUGACCUUUCACCUUCGACCGGACGCAGCGGAGGGAAACGCCUCCGCGUCUAUAUAAGGGAUUUUCCGGCCUUUUGCGGCCCUUUUUUUCCUGCCUCUUAGCGGCGAGCGCUUCUCGCCUCCUCGCUCCGCGUUACCCUCUCCCGCGGCGGACUCGCCCCAGCAGCAGCAGCCAAGCGCCAUGGGUUUUGGAGAUCUGAAGAGUCCCGCAGGCCUCCAGGUGCUCAACGAUUACCUGGCGGACAAAAGCUACAUCGAGGGGUACGUGCCGUCGCAGGCCGACGUGGCGGUGUUUGAGGCGGUGUCUGGCCCACCCCCUGCAGACUUGUAUCAUGCCCUUCGCUGGUACAACCACAUCAAGUCCUUCGAGAAGGAGAAGGCCAGUCUGCCAGGGGUGAAGAAAGCUCUGGGCAAAUACGGCCCUGCUAAUGUGGAGGACACCACAGGAAGUGGAGCUGGGGACAGUAAAGAUGAUGACGACAUUGAUCUCUUUGGAUCUGAUGAUGAGGAGGAGAGCGAAGAGGCAAAGAAGCUAAGAGAAGAACGCCUUGCACAGUAUGAAUCAAAGAAAGCCAAAAAACCUGCAAUUGUUGCCAAGUCUUCCAUCUUAUUAGAUGUGAAACCUUGGGAUGAUGAAACGGAUAUGGCAAAAUUAGAGGAGUGUGUAAGAAGCAUUCAAGCGGAUGGCUUGGUUUGGGGCUCUUCUAAACUAGUACCAGUAGGAUAUGGAAUUAGAAAACUUCAAAUACAGUGUGUGGUUGAAGAUGAUAAAGUUGGAACAGAUAUGCUAGAGGAGCAGAUCACUGCUUUUGAGGACUACGUGCAGUCCAUGGAUGUGGCUGCUUUCAACAAGAUCUAAAUCCAUUAUGGAUCACUGCUCUUCAAUAAAGGCUUGAAGGAACAA